CUGUAAACAAAAUGAUUCAGAUUGGUUCGUGCUCGAAAUCGAGAUUUUGAAAGGGGAAAGAGCUUCUUCCAGACAUUGAAUCAAAACCCAAUCCCUCAAAUCUGAAUCUACAAAAAGCUCUUUACCUCACUUGGUAUGUAGCAUCAUCCCCUCACUUUCUCAUCUCCUCACUUAGGGUUCCCUCUAAACUCAGCCGCCUCUCUUACCUCAUCCCUUUUAGGGUUUUCCCCCAAAAAAUCAAAAAACCUUUUUCAGAUGGAAGGAAGAAGGAUCACAGCUAGCCCUAGACCUUGCAGUGGAAGAAGAGUCGUGGCGAAAAAGAGGACUCGCCCCGAUGGGUUCGUGAACAGCGUUAAGAAGCUCCAGCGAAGAGAAAUCUCGUCUCGGAAAGAUCGAGCUUUCUCAAUCAGCACUGCUCAGGAGAGAUUCCGUAACAUGCGUCUAGUGGAGCAAUAUGAUACUCAUGACCCCAAGGGGCAUAGUUUAGUAGCGUUACCGUUUUUGAUGAAGAGGACUAAAGUUAUUGAGAUUGUUGCUGCGAGGGAUAUUGUCUUUGCGCUUGCUCAUUCUGGUGUCUGCGCUGCUUUCAGUAGAGAGACGAACAGGAGGAUAUGUUUUUUAAAUGUGAGUCCAGAUGAAGUUAUAAGGAGCUUGUUUUACAACAAGAACAAUGAUUCCCUCAUCACUGUCUCUGUUUAUGCUUCUGACAAUUUCAGCUCUUUGAAAUGCAGAUCCACUAGGAUUGAGUAUAUUCUGAGAGGUCAGCCAGAUGCAGGGUUUGCUCUUUUUGAGUCUGAGUCAUUGAAAUGGCCUGGUUUUGUAGAGUUUGAUGAUGUCAAUGGAAAAGUGCUUACGUAUUCUGCGCAGGACAGUGUGUACAAGGUUUUUGAUCUGAAAAACUAUACCAUGCUGUAUUCCAUAUCAGACAAACAUGUUCAAGAAAUUAAAAUCAGUCCAGGGAUAAUGUUAUUGAUCUUCAAGAGAGCUACAAGUCACGUCCCUUUGAAGAUUCUAUCGAUAGAAGAUGGCACAGUUCUCAAGUCCUUUAAUCAUUUGCUUCACCGGAACAAGAAAGUUGAUUUCAUUGAACAAUUUAAUGAGAAACUUCUCGUGAAGCAAGAGAAUGAGAAUCUCCAAAUUCUUGACGUUAGAAACGCUCAACUAAUGGAAGUUAGUAGAGCCGAGUUCAUGACACCCUCUGCGUUCAUUUUUCUCUAUGAGAACCAGCUGUUUCUAACGUUCAGGAACCGGAACGUAUCUGUGUGGAACUUUCGAGGAGAGCUCGUGACUUCCUUUGAGGAUCAUCUCCUAUGGCAUCCGGACUGUAACACAAACAAUAUCUACAUAACAAGUGAUCAAGAUCUGAUCAUCUCAUAUUGCAAAGCAGAUACCGAAGAUCAGUGGAUAGAAGGAAAUGCGGGAUCGAUCAAUAUUAGCAACAUAUUGACUGGGAAAUGCUUAGCUAAGAUAACGUCAAGCAGUGGACCUCCAAAAGAAGAUGAGAGCAGCAGCAGCAGUAGUUCCUUGGGGAACAACUCGAAGCAGAGAAGAAACGCUGUGGCUGAAGCUUUGGAAGACAUUACGGCUCUGUUCUAUGACGAAGAGCGCAAUGAGAUAUACACAGGAAACAGACACGGCUUUGUUCAUGUGUGGUCCAAUUGAUUUCACAUCAUCAUCAUCAUGUUAGCUACUUCUACUACUUGUACUGUGUUAUUUGGUUUACUUCAAUUGUGUGUGUAGCGAUCAAUCUGUUUUAACUUAGUGUCUUUCGAGCAGCUAUUCGUGUUGUUGUGAACUACGUUUGGGCAUGUGUUUGUGAUUCAGAAUGCCAAUUAUGUACACUAGUGUCAUUGUACGUAACAUUUGGGUUUGACGAAAUGUAUUACAGACCCUUUAUUACAUCUUUGCUAUUCCUUUGGAUGCUAACA